AUGAUUAAAAUUAUUCUAUAUUCUCUUGCACUCGUUCAGGCGUUGUGGGGUGCUGAAUUGGUCAGACCAAAGCCGAGAUUAUUAUUUUACGAUGAAGAAGGAAAUCUAGUGAAGACGUAUUCUAAUCAUUAUCUUCAAAAUCUUAGAUUAAACGCAGGUCUGCCAAUUUAUGGAAACUUUUUAAACCCGUUCUUCGGGUUCAUUAAAGAUUUUGGCAGUAUGUUUGCAUUUACAGUUCCAGUAUCAAACGAAGUUAUACAACAAAUAAACAAAGACCCUCAAUAUCACAACCAGCUCAUGGUGGCACCUGUGAAGGAGCCGGUCAUAGUGCCGAACCGUCUGUGCGAAGGCAGAAGAGCACAAAUACCCUCACCAAACUUCUGUAAUAAUUAUUUGAAUUGCUGGGAUGGAUGGGCGGUGGAACAAGAGUGCCCUAAAGGAUUGCUGUUUUCUAACAAGGGUUACUGUGAUUAUUCGGAUAAUGUCAAUUGUGAAGCCAGAAAACUAAGAGAACAACCAUCAACGCAGCCUCGAUGCAACAAGGAUUUCGAGACGUUCAGGAACCAGUUGGACUGUAACGAGUUCUUCGUGUGUGUCAACAGACAGCCCGUAAAAUUCAAGUGUCCAGCCGACCUCGCGUACAGUCAGCAUCUUGGAGUAUGCGAUUACCCAGCUCAUGUCGACUGCUCAUCCUCAGCCGUCAACACAGAAAUAUUUAACUCCCCACCGUCGUCUCCUGGACUUGCGGCACCAACUAUUCCUCCACCUUCACCACCACUAUCGGAUCCUGUGGCGCCACCUAGCCUUGUUUCGCCUGCUGUGACUGAUGUACCAUCUGCGACCAUCAUUCCUUCUAAACCAACUAAACCUUCAAUGCCCGACAACCCACCAGCUUCUUCUCAGCCCUCAUUACCCAUUAUUCCCGCAGGAUCUCUAAUAUCUCCAAUGCCUUUCCUACCUGCUGCCAUAAAGCCUGAUGAUGUCAAAACCGUUUUAACAGAAAACUCUAUAGUAAACACGCAAAGCUGGACUUCUACACACAUAGCAACGUCUCUUGAAGAUGCUAUAAAUCAACUUAAACACAGAAACAUUAUGAAAUCCAACGUUUAA